AUGAAGCCCUUGGACUGGUGCCUGCUUGUGCUGCUCUUGGUGCUCUCCGACCCUCACCCUUACCUCGACGGCAGCGAGCAGUCGCUCUUAAUAAGAAGUGCCAAUGCCCAGUCCAUUACCGGCGGAGGAGAGGACGGCCUGUUCUUUGGGUCCAUCAUAACUAGCUACUCGUUCACGCGCGACGACUUCAGCGUCCUGUGGGCAGACACGAACACCACCGAUCAGGCUGUUUCCUACUUGAACGACCAGGUCUUCUCGUAUAUAACGACCCACGGCCCCGUCGACGAGUCGCAGGUGCUGCCCGGCCGGACCGUGGCACAGCUCCCGGUGGUCGGGGGCGCCGUCGUGCUGGUCUACAACCUGGCCGGCCUCCCCUCCCAGCUCGUGCUCGACGGACCCACGGUGGCCAGGCUCUGGUCGGGCAACUUGACCGGCUGGGACGACCCCCAGAUCGACGAGCUCAACCCGGGCAACACGCUCACCGGCCCCGUGCUCCUGGCCUACUCGCCUGAUACCGAGCAGGGCAGCAUCAGCGCCGUGUUCCGGCAGUACCUUGCCUCCUGGGGCGCAACCGGUGAGAUCAACGAGCAGGGCGGCGCCGGGGCGUUCAUCGCCGGGCAGGCCGUGAUGUCCAUCAUCAACCCUACCACGGCCACGGCGUGGCCCAUCUCCUACAUUACAUACAUCACCAUGCCGCAGGCCAGCAAUCUCACCAACUGCGUGGCCAUCAACGAGUUCAUCCUGUUCGUGAGCUGGGUCAUCCUCAACAACCAGGCUGCGACGCAGGCCAACACGCUCAUGCACUCGGUCAUCCCGAUCGGGUACCGGCGCACCGUGCUCGACAGCCUCUCGAUCAUCACCUGCAACGGGGAGCAGGCCACCACGACCUCGUACAUCGUGGGGAUGGGUUCCCUGUUCAACCCCUUCCCCACGCUGGGCUACUACUACCCGUCGAGCAGCUUCAAGCUCAAGUACUUCACCGGCAACUCGGCCACGAGCCUGGCCAACCUCAAGCAGGACACCAUCGACUUUGGCCAGUCGAGCACUCCGCUCCUGCCGCGCGACCUCGAGGAGCUGGGCGAUGCCAUCGCCAUCCCCGGCUAUUGCUUUGGCCUCACGCCCGCCUACAACAUCCCGGAGCUCAUCGCCCGUGAGCCGCUGCGUCUCGACUGGGAGACCAUCGCCGGCAUCUACCUCGGCACCGUCACGAUGUGGAACGACACCGCCAUCCAGAAUCUCAACCCCGAGCUUGCUCCUUUCCUGCCGCAGAAGGCGAUCCGCAUCGUGUACCAGUCCAACAACUCCAGCAUCACACUCACCUUCAACACGGCCAUGGGCCAGCGCGUGCCCGAGUACGCCCAGGUCAUCGGCGUCACCUGUGAGGGCGUUCACGUGAGCCAGCUCUACGGCUGCGUGACCGAGGACGGCCUGCUCUGCUCCGACCACGGCACCUGCACCGAGGGCGUCUGCUCGUGCGAAGCGGGCUGGUGGGGUCCCUGUGCGACACCGUCGACUCCCGUUCCUCAGGAUUCGUCUUCGUCGCCCGUCCUGGGUCUCGCCCUGGGCAUCGCCCUGCCGGUCGUCGUGCUCAUUGUGUGCCUGGCACUGUUGGUGGUCCUGAUCGUCUUCCUCGCCAUGCGCCGCGGCAAGGAGAGUGAGGGCGACUACUACAUCCCCAUUGAGGAGCUCGAGCUCGGCGAUCUGCUGGGCGCCGGCGGGUUCGGCGAGGUCUACAAGGCCAAGUGGAAGGGCACCGAGGUGGCCGCCAAGCUGCUGCCCCGCAACGCGACCGACAGCCGCGAGAAGCGGGAGGCCUUCGUACAGGAGAUGCGGGUCAUGAGCAAGUUGAGGCAUCCCAACGUGGUGCUCUUCAUGGCCGCCUGCAAGAAGCCGCCCAUCCUGUGCAUCGUCAUGGAGUACAUGGCCCUGGGCAGCGUGUUCGACCUGAUCAACAACGACCUCGUGCCGGAGGUGCCCAUGGGGCUCAAGCUCAAGAUGACGUUCCAGGCCGCCAAGGGCAUGCACUUCCUCCACUCGUCGGACAUCGUGCACCGCGACCUCAAGUCGCUCAACCUGCUGCUCGACAACAAGUGGAACGUCAAGGUCUCCGACUUUGGCCUCACGGCGAUCAAGGACUCCAUCGGCAAGGGAGGCGACAAAGCCCUCGUGUGCAGCGUGCCGUGGACCGCGCCCGAAGUGCUCCAGGACGAGGUCGGCGAGGACGUUGACUACACCAUGGCCGACGUCUACAGCUUCGGCAUCCGAAGGCGAACCUCGAUCCUAGUCAUGGAACUCGUGGAGAGGGGAAGCUUGCACUACGUCCUCGCCGACAGAUCCCUCAAGCUGUCCUGGCCGAAGCGCCUGUCUAUGCUCCGGGACGCCGCUCUGGGAAUCAACUACCUCCACUCCCUCGGGGUGAUCCACCGCGACCUCAAGUCCCACAACCUGCUCGUCGACGAGAACUGGGGCGUCAAGGUGGGCGACUUCGGGUUCGCCACGGCCGAGCAGGACAACGCCACCAUGACCCGCUGCGGCACGCCCUCCUGGACGGCGCCGGAGAUCUUGUCUCCGCCGCCCGGAGGGGCCAAGUACGACGAGUCGGUCGACGUGUACUCGUUCGGUAUCGUCAUGUGGGAAGUGCUCACCAGGCGCGCGCCCUACCACGAAAAGAACGCAGUCUGCGUGGCGGUGGACGUCAUCCAGGGCCAACGGCCCCCCAUCCCUCCCGAUACCGACAAGCAGUUCGCCCAGCUGAUGCAGCGGUGCUGGGACGCCUCCCCCCGAAAGCGCCCCUCGAUGGACGAGAUCAUGGCCUACCUCAACUCCGCCCUCGACAAGAUAGAAGUGUAA